AUUUUUUCAUAUGGUAAUUAAAGUUGUUUUCGCGAGAUUCUUGAGAGCAUCAUGAAUCUUAUUUUGAUAGCAUAAUUGUUAUUAAUUCAGUAAAAAAGUGCUAAUAAAUAUUUAAGUAGUUUAGUGUUUCAAUGUUAAGUUUAACGUAGAGUAAAAAAUAGUUAUACAAGUGGAGCUAAUAAAGAAAUUGCUUGCCAUGGCCGGCCCGUCCGACGGCGAUCCCGACGGAUGGGUCCAGUUCUGUGAGCGUCAGGCCAAAACUGCCGCUCAGGACUUCGCCAAGGCUUGCGUACAAUACAUACAAACCAGCACAAUAGACGGCACGGCUCGCCCAUACACGUCUCAAAAGGAACUACUGAAAAAAUUCGUCGAAUGCUUCUCUGAACACUUUGACUUCGAAUUUAACAAGCUAAAGGCACAGCACAAGUUACCAAAUGGCACACAUACUGGACACGACGAAAGUGACUAUUCAGAAGACACUGAGUCGCCGAAAACACAUCACAAACCAUUUUUCAGAAGGUUAUCGUUUAAGGGUUUGCGGCGUGGUAAGGGUCUGUUCCAAAAACAGCAUUCAGACGAAGUAGAAUUAUCAACGAAUUUGAACAAACACAAAACUAAGUUAGCGAAAAUUGUUGUUGAAUGUAGAAAAGAAGGAUUAGUUAAUUAUUUAACUCCAGAAAGCUUGGAGCAACCUGGAGGCCCACAGAAAUGGGAAAAAUGUAGGCUAGCAUUAGUUAAGACUGUAGGUGGUUAUAUGUUAGAGUUUUACUCUCCACCUAAAGCUCAAAAGCCUAGAAGUGGUGUAUUUUGUUUCCUAAUAUCUGAGGCUCGGGAAACCACUGCUUUAGAGAUGCCUGAUCAUGAAAAUACUUUUGUUUUAAAGGCUGACAAUAAUAUGGAAUAUGUAAUUGAGGCAGCUGAUGUAGAUGACAUGAAGUCAUGGUUAGCAACAAUAAAGUACUGUAUGAGAUCGGCACCUACAACCCAGCCACCACCAGAUUCCCUAGCUGGACUGUCAGAGCCCGCACCCCCAGAUCUGCCACCACGAAGAGAUUUACCCUCAAGUACUAGUAAUGCCGAUUUAGCUACGGACACUCCUGAAGAGGCUGAAUUAGGUUCAAUAGCAGAAGAGGCAUGUGAUGCAGGCCCCCGAGUGUCUCUUAGUGAGUGGCCUUGGUUCCAUGGGACUUUAGCCCGGUCGGCAGCUGCAGCAUGUGUUUUGGCUGGUGGAACUGCAGCUCAUGGGUGCUACCUUGUUAGGCAGAGUGAGACACGGAGGGGAGAAUAUGUGCUCACUUUUAAUUUCCAGGGCCGAGCUAAACACCUGCGAAUGACACUAAGCGAUUCUGGACAAUGCCGGGUGCAGCAUCUCUGGUUUCCAAACGUCCAUGACAUGCUGGAACACUUCCGAGCAAACCCCAUUCCGCUGGAAUCGGGCGGGGCAGCUGACGUCACCCUUACAGAGUAUGUGGUCUGCCAGGACGGAGCUAGAAAUCAAUCGGAAGUGUCACACGGUAGUGACGUUCGCAUGAGACGUGCGGAAAUGGAGGCUCUCUUCGGGAACAAUAGCAGCCCAUCCGAUCACCGAGCUGUUGAUAACCAAUACGUACUAUGCAACAUUCGUCCAUCGACCUCGGAUAGAAAUCCUACUUAAUUUUCGAUGCGAUAUUGCACGAAGAAUGUAAAUUUCAAAUCUAAGGUGAUAUGGUACGAAGAAAGUAGGGAUUGAGUUACCUCUUACAGUACCUUAACGUAGCUCCAAUGUAAAUGUUUGUUUUAGUAAAUUCAUGUUUCUACGGUAACGAUCCUAAAGUCUGGCAAAACGCUUUAGCACAAACUUGAGUGUAACGCCAAUACUAUAGUGAAUGAAUAACUAACAUCGCUCCUUUCUUGGUGUAUUUGAUGUAAAAUAAAUAAUUUCUUUCUUCGAAAAUGAUUCGAUCGUAAUCUGAGAGACAACAUAAUACACGGCAAUUACAAAAGAUGGCGCUGUAAUAAAAUUACCAGAUAAGCUUUGUGCAAUAUUAUUUUUGUUGCUCAAUAUUAUGAAUAGGUUGUAUAGGAUUUUGCCAAAUCAAUUUUGCUAUUUAGCCAAUGUAUGCUUAAGUACAUUUUUAUGAUAUCAAUACUCAAUGUAGUUUAUAUUUUUCUUAAUAACGGUGCAUUAGAAAUUAAGUCAGAACCAAAUACACAAACGUCAAUUGUAGAAAAAGCUUUAUUUUUUAGCCGCUGUUGAAAUUGAGCGCUCUUUGUGUAUCUGGCAUUUAAUUGUUAAUGCUCUUUUGGAGCCAUAGCACAAUUUUAUACUGUAAGGAUCGCUAUGUCAAUAUAUAUGUUCUCAGAAUAAAACCACUUUUCCGAUUUUAAUGAAAGUAAGCAGAUAGGUAGCAGCUUUUUUAUUUUAUAGACCACUCAAGAUAAUAAAACAAAAUAUUUUUUUUAUUAACCUUAAAAACAUAGUUGGAAUUCUAAGUUUAAAAGUAUAAAUUAAAAAAACUAUUUUUUUAUUAACCUUUUAUUUUAUUUUUUGUUCAUUUGCAGUUUUAAUAACAACUAAGUCAAAGAAUUACCUAUCUGAUUUCUUUAAGUAUGAAAGUGAAUGUUGGAAUUGAAAUAGAUAUAGGUAGGAAUAUCGUUUGUUGUAUAAAUAAACAUUAGAAUAAUUAUUUAUUAAAUGUACGUAUAUCGCCCCAGAGACCCACACGAUAGCUUUUUGAGUCUAUAGCGUUUUCCCGCUAAAACCACUGAUUCUUAUUUUUAGUAUAGCGACAUCUAUAGUUUUAACCUGUAACCAUGCUUGCACUAAUCGUCGAUAACCUUAAUCACUCUUAUGUUGCUUGCCGUUACAUAGAGAGUGGGGUCUCUCUGCAUCUUCUACCAGCUGAAGUAUAUCCGAACCAUUUCGACUUAGGGUCUUUCAAAAAAAGAGCGUACCAAUUCUUAAAAGGCCGGUACGUACCCUCUGGCAUUGAAGUAUCCAUAGCGGCGGUAUCACUUAACAUCAGAUGAGCCUCCUACCCAUUUGCCCAGUAUUGGCACUCCGUAACCGAACUUUUAUCUCCACAUCUGUAACCCUGAUGCUAUACGAUACUAAAUGAUGAUCCUCGAUGUGAUACGAAAACUCAAGUGAAAUCGCAAUAAUAAAUCUCUCGUGGGUUGAUCAAAGCGUAAAAUAUUUGUGUCUUCUUAUUUUUAGUACUACCAUUACAUACUCAAUAAAAAAAAUACCUUUUCUAUAUUUCGAUACCUUAUAGCAAAAAGUCAGAAGAAAAAUCUUCGUUCACGCCUGAUACAACAUUGUUGUCAUUUCAUAGGCGUACCUUUACAUUUAUUAUAUAAAUUUUCUACACAGAUUUAAUUACAUUGUCAAACUCAUGGAGUUGUUUAUCAGUUUAUUUUUAUAGAAGAAAUAUCUUUAUAGCUUUCGGUGUUUGUUAGUAAUAAGUUCAUCGUGUGGGUGUAAUUGUUAAAAAAAUGUUGCCUUGUAAUUAAAUCCUAAGUGUAACUGUGUUGUCGCUGUUGCAAUGCUUAUAGGGGUCUCCCAAAUUAUAAUUUUAACAAAUAAAUUUAUCUAAGCCGGUAAAAAUUAAAUUUGUGUUUUUCAAACAAUACGUCACUAUAAAGACCUACUGUUAAAAGCGAAGAAAUUACACCUGUAUAAUUAACCCAAGAGCAAUGUAAAUAAUAGCGAAUUAUCAAAGCUGCCAAAUAUGGAAUAAAGACGGAAUCGCAUUUAAAUCCAUAUAACUUAUCCGAGUCCUAUAUACAACUAACGGAUGUACGUAAUAUGCAAUAUUUAAUAAGUAUAUAAAUUAACAUGAGUAGGGCCUGUUUUAACUAAUGUUUGCCGGAAAUAGAAUAUAAUACGGAAAAAAAUGUUUUUCCAAACCAAGUGUGGCGAAAUUAAAUGUAACGUUAGAAAUAGUUUAUGAUGGUUGGCGCAUACUUUUUAAAUUAUUACAUUUAAACUGGAGAUACUGAAUUCAAUUUCCAUUUAUAAUAUGUUAUAAGCAAUUUACGGCCAGAACCUUCUAAAAGCUUUUUCUUUAUCAUUGCAAGUUACUAUAACUGAUAUUUAUUUAUAUUUUCCUUUAGGAUGACCUAUUUAUAUUUUUAACCUAUGACCUAUAUAUAUUUUUAACUAAUAAUAACGAUUAUAUGAAGUGUACAUGCACAAUCAACGGAUAUCUGUUUGUUGGAUAUAGGAAUCAGCUGUUAGCUAUGUAACAUUCCCUGUUUAGUGUGAAUGUAAGUUUGUAAUAUACACAUUAUAUUUUGCACAGA